AUGAAGCAGGCUAAUAUUAUUCUUAGUUAGCGGACGAUUUGCAGCUCAAGUAAGGGUCUUUAGUCUGCAGAGAGUUGCUAGGGUCUAUAGAUGCAUAUGAGCAGGAUGUCCCCCCCCUUUAUUACUUGAGGCACGUCCCGCCCUUCUCUUCAUGAUCGUUACAUACUAUUAGCACAUUUGUACAUCAAGUAUCCUUUGUAUAGUACUCUAUUCGCUAUACAUUUUCUUUCAUUUGCCGAGAUGGAACAACCGUCUUCGAAGUAUUCCAACCAGCGAGCCCCUGGGAAGGAACACAUCCCCCUCUACCCCAAAGGCUUCGUUGCUAUCCGGAUAAUCCAACUAAUCCUUAGCAUCGUCUGUUUGGGGUUGUGCGCUUUUGGAAUUGCUUACUUAGUUUUUGCGGGGGAUGCCUUGAUGUUAUUCACUGCGGUCGCGACUAUCAUUACUAGCAUAUAUUGCCUGGUUGCGAAUUUUGGUCCUCCGAAGGCCUUCAAUUACUGGGCCAUACUCGGCUUAGAUAUCUUUCUCGUCAUUUUUUGGUUGAUCUCAUUUGCCCUCCUCGCUGCUCAGGUUGCUUCUGCGUUCGCAUACUACCACGAAUACAGCGACUACUAUGAUGAAUACUACGACUUAAGCAGCUACAACACGGCGGUAAAUAUCUACGGCGGAUCUCUCGCUGCGGCUGCGGGCUUAGGUGGUAUCCAGUUCCUUCUAUACGUUAUCUCGCUAUCCAUCCACGGCGUCAUGCUUCAUCGUCACCGAAAGGCUGGACUAAAGGCCAUGCCUUUAGUCGUGGCGUCCGGGGGUGCCCCGGCUGCGGCUGUAUCGCCUAGCGAUGGCGAGAAGUUCCAGAUGCAACCUCAGGCCGCACAGGUCUAUCCUCAGCAUACUAUACCCGUGGCUGGGGCUCCUGAUCCCCAGCAGGGUUAUUACCCGCAGAGCUCGCCCUCUCCUCUCUCAUCUCAACCCACUGGAAACUCUUACGUCCAUCCCCAGCAGAUCGUGAACCCCAGCCAGCCCAUCUAUGAAGUUCCAGCUCAACCUCAGCAAUAUCACCCUUCAUAAAAACGAGAGAAAACAAUUGAUAAAGAAGUAAAGGGUGGCGUCCGUCUUCUA